AUGCAGUAUCAUGCAGCUCCAAAUAUUUCAGGGAAGGUCUCCAAGGCAAAACUCAGGAUUUUCCUGCAGAUUGUGAUUCUGCAAGUGUUUUAUUAUCUAACGGCAAUCAUUCUGUUCUUUGCCACGGCGCAGCUUCUGGGUUUGCCGUUUUCUUUCAAGUGGUGUUUCUCCUGGCAAUGGGUGUCGCUGGAGAACACGUUGGGGCUCACGUUGGCAGCUUUGUGGCUAUUUGACUCCUUGCUGAGCGUGAUCUUUAUCACGAUAAUUAUCGGACGAUCGAAAUUGGCGUGGGAUUACGCUCUUACGGUCCAUGUGGUGAAUCUCGCGUUAGUCUGGCUGAACUCGGGGUUCCCGGCCAGCAUCUACUGGUGGCUGCUGCAGAUCUGUAGCUGUGCGAUCAUGAUCACGCUGGGCACCUGGACGACUCGCUGGAAAGAGCUACGAGAAACGUUUUUCGAGGGAAUAGCCGACACAGAGCUCGGCCAAAUGCAUGAGAGCGCUUCGACGAGCCCCGCGGCAACUACGGCGGCCGAAAGGAAAUAG